AGUCGGCUCUCUGCAUGUCAUCUCAUAAUUAAGCGAGAUCCGUCUUACGAACUCAAUUUUGCACGUGAAAUGCAUUCUUCAGGAACAAAGCUUCCGUCGGAGAUAAACUCAUAAGGCAAGCUGAACGCGCGAAGCCGGGAAGUUGCCUCUGCGUUCCUGUAUGCAAGUCGGUUGUGGGCCUUGGAAAAGCGAACGACGUCAACAAAAUUUAGUCGCAUAUGCGAAGACUAAUAUCCACGGUCGAAAUCCGGUCGCUUUUGCAGAAUCAGCUUUCUGCAUCUUUGCCAUGGACUGAUUCGAUGUUAAACAGACGAAACUAGGAGACAUGUCGUUUCCGAUUCAUCUCCCAGUCGAAGCUUGGUCGAUUCAAGCUGUGGACAUGCAUACAUCUGGAGAGGCCUCGAGGAUCGUCUUCAAAGGAUAUCCUGCCCUUCAAGGUACGCUGCUCGAGCAGAGAGCGGAAGCAAAAGAGAAACAUGACCGUUUACGCCAAGCCCUCAUUCUGGAACCGCGUGGUCAUCCGGAGAUGUAUGGCGCGGUGCUGCGCCCUCAUACAGAACUAACCGCUACGAACGAAGCUCAUAUCGGCGUAUUGUUCUUGACGAAUGAAGGUUAUAGUACAAUGUGUGGCCAUGCGAGCAUUGCGCUUGGCCGUUUCUUAGUCGAUUGUCAUGAUUUGGAUGUUUUCGCUAUGAGGGAAACAUUGCCAUAUGACGAGUCAACGCGCACAGUCACGAUUCGUUUGCAUGCUCCUUGCGGUCUCGUCAUCCUCACCGUGCCUACGAUUCAAGGUGGUAGACUAGCAGAUGUAACCAGACCCGUUUCUUUCAUCAGCGUUCCUUCAUUCGCUGCUGGACUUGACCAACGUGUUUCAAUUCCUCCCUGUCUGGAAUGGCCGGAGCUGAACAACAGCCGUCAAGUAACAAUUGACAUAGGGUACGGGGGAGCGUUCUACGUGCUGAUCAAAGCUUCUGAGCUUGGCUUUCCUGCUGGGCUGAAAUGUCCGGAUUCACUGUCCGCUUUUGAUUUUGCAACAAAGAGAUUGAAAAGGGCCAUACAAGCAGACCCAGCGGUGCGGGAACUGAUCAAACAUCCAAUUCAUGAUGAUUUAAGUUUUCUGUACUCAGUAAUUGUGGUCGACGAUAGCAACGAUCAAGAUGACGACGCUAAUCAGGAAGAACUUGGUCUUUGCUUCUUUGGGGACCAACAGAUCGAUCGUUCACCAACUGGAGGUGGAGUUGCAGCUCGAGUUGCAGUGGCAUAUGCAAAAGGCAAGCGUAGAAUUGGCCAGUCGUGGACAUAUCAUUCCAUAGUCUCCAAGUUCAUGGGGAAGGGUGGGUUUACUUCAACAAUCGAAUCCGUCACUGCAAUGAGAGGCUCUGAUGGGCAGCACAUCGAAGCGCUAAAUGUCUGUAUUGCUGGCUUUGCCUACUAUACAGGUCGCCACGAAUUCGUCGUUGAGCAGGAAGAUCCUCUACAGGCUGGGUUUUUAUUCGACCGCAUUGUCUUCUAGUUUUUAACAGAGACCACACGAAUCCAUUUCUGCCAACAUGAUAUUGGUAAAGCAUUGACUUAACGUCUGAUCCACGCAAAGUUUCGUCUUGCGAAGAUCAGUGUUUAGCCCUCCCCAUUCGAAACACUACAUGUACCGCAAGACCCUCAUUUGAACGUUACCUUAGCAAUUAUAUAAGCUUGAAAGAACA